CAGAGACCAGGCAGAAGAGGAACCAGCAGCUCCUCCUGAAGAGAAGGAUCCAGGACAGGGACAGAUGCGGUGGCCCAGCCUGUCGUGGCUGGGCCUGGGGCCUGUGGUCCCCUCCCCGUGGCUGCUGCUGCUGCUGGCCACGGCGUCCUGGCUCGGGGCUCGGGUCCUCGUGUGGAUCUACACCUUCUGCAAAACCGCGUGGCGCCUCCGGUGCUUUCCGCAGCCGCCGAGGCGGAACUGGUUCCUGGGGCACGUGGGCCUGGGCCCGCCCACAGAGCAGGGCAUGCAGGAAGUGACGCAGCUGGUGGCCGCCUACCCCCAGGGUUUCAUGGUGUGGCUGGGCCCUGUUGUUCCCCUCAUCAGCCUGUGCCACCCCGACGUCGUGCGACCCGUCCUCAACGCCUCAGCCCUUCCCUGGCCCCGGGAUCCAGGUUUCUUGGCCUUUCUUCCCUGGCUUGGGGACGGACUCCUGCUGAGCGCCGGGGCCAAAUGGGGCCGCCACCGGCGCAUGCUGACGCCCGCCUUCCACUUCAGCAUCCUGAAGCCAUACCUAAAGAUCUUCAACGACAGCGUCAACACCAUGCACGCCAAGUGGCGGCGUCUGAUGGCGGAGGGCGUCACGCGUCUGGACAUGUUCGAGCACAUCAGCCUCAUGACCUUGGACAGUCUGCUGAAAUGCGUCUUCAGCUUUGACAGCAACUGCCAGGAGAAGCCCAGCGAGUACAUCGCUGCCAUCGUGGAGCUCAGCGCCCUGGUGGCCAAGAGACACCAGCAACCGCUGCUGCACCUGGACUUCCUGUACCAGCUGACCCCCGACGGGCGCCGCUUCCGGAAGGCCUGCCGCCUGGUGCACGCCUUCACCGACGCCGUCAUCCGGGAACGGCGCCGCUCCCUCCUGGGCCAGGGCCUGGAUGAUGGCCUCCAGGCCAAGGCCAAGGCCAAAACCCUGGACUUCAUCGACGUGCUUCUGCUGGCCAAGGAUGAGGACGGGAAGGUGCUGUCCGACCAGGACAUCCGGGCGGAGGCCGACACCUUCAUGUUUGAGGGCCACGACACCACGGCCAGCGGGCUCUCCUGGGUCCUCUACAACCUGGCCAAGCACCCGCAGCACCAGGAGCGCUGCCGGCAGGAGGUGCGGGAGCUGCUGCGGGACCGCGACCCGCAGGAGGUGGAGUGGUGA